UAAAAAUCUCGCAUUCCUCUUCCCUAUUCUCAUCCUGAAGCAAUGAUGGCCAGUCUAAAAUGAGAAAUCGCCACGCGGGAAUUUCAAGCUACAGUCACAGUUGGGCGACGGUGUUCAGUUUUUAUUGAAAAGAGGGUAGCUUUGAUUUGGAUUGUAGAUAAAUCGUAAUGUCACUUUUUUUUGUGUAGUUAGGUCUUUUUAAAAUUAAGCAUCGACUGCGCUUAGGUCUUUUUAGAAUUAGGGCGACGAUAAGUCACUUAACUAAACUAUGCAAAUAUCCACCCAUAAUUGUUGGUGUUCAAGUAUCUCCGCAAGUGCACAUUCAUAUUGGUAACAUCAUAUAUUAUACAUCCUAGAUCUUUGUUAUUUUUUUAAAAAAUAUAACGCCCUCAUUUUAUUGAUAUUUUGCCACAAAGCAAGAUUACGCCCCCUAUUUCUUACGUGAAAUAAGUAAAGUACGACGAUUAAAAAUAUUUUAGCUAAGAAAUAGGUGGUGUAACCUUGGUUUUACUUACUUACACUUACACCAGAAGUACUGUGUAGAGGAGUGACCUGGUAUUUUUGGUUAACAGCUAAGGCCAGUCUGUAUCUACGAUAUUUUUAACGAUUUGCAAAGUAAAUUCUACUAAAUUUACCAAACAGAAAAAGUUUCUCCCAACUGGGGAACAAGUCGCGGUGAAAUCUAUUCUUAAAAUUUAUAACGGGUCCAUCCUGGAAUCUGAAGUUCUUCAAUGUGGCAACAUUUCUGAUGCAAUUGUGCGUCUAUUGUACGCAUACGAGUCAGAUAUAUAUAUUCAUUUUGUCACAGAUUUGAUGCAGGGCAGUUUAUUGGAUUUCACCAAAUUACUUCGUCAAGACCAUGCAAAAAUUUAUGCCGUCGAGUUAGGACUGGGACUUGAAGCGUUACACAGUUUCGGAGUUGCUCAUCGAGACUUGAAACCUGCAAAUGUCUUCCUAGAUCAACAAUUUCACAUCAAAAUAGGAGAUUUUGGUUGUUCCGCUAAAUUGGGAGAGGGUAAAGUACGAAGGGAGCUUCACCAACUUGGCACGAAGGUAUAUUGGGCCCCAGAAAACUAUUGUAACGAUUGGACCCUUAACUCUGACUGGUGGGCGUAUGGUUGCAUCGUGUUUGAAAUGUUUACCAAAGGCAGAUUAUUCCUUACAAACGAAAUUUUACUGGAUCUUGAAACCAAAAACGUUUCAAAACGUUCUUUAUGGUUACGAAUCAUGGCAAAUAUGGUUGACGAGGAGGUCAAAAGUUUGUUAAAAAAUGUCUUAAAUAAAUCCAAAUUUAGAACCCCAUUCACAAAUGGGAUGCAAUUUUCGGGGCGUACGGAAUACUUGGGAGUACCAAUUCCCGUUGAUAGAUCAAAAAAUAUCCUAACACACAUACCAUUAUUGAAGAUAAACCGUGUAAACAAGGAUUCAGGAAGGAACGAUGAUGCCGCACUGCAAUUCUUCCAGAUGGAAAUGUUUGCCAGAAUUUUUACAAAUAAUACAGACUUUAGAAUUGAUCAAGAUUUUCGCUUCGAUCAUAAAAUUAAAAGUUGCUACCAAACGAAUUCAUUGAUAGGCCAGUUGUUCUAACUAAUCAGCAUUAAAAGAGGAAGUGAUUAAAUUUGCAACUAUUUGAAUUUACUUGGGAACACUUGGCAAUAAUACCUACUCUGCAAAGUCUCGAACCUUUAGCAAAUUAUAAGCAUCAUUAUUAAAUAAAUUAUUAUAAAAUAUAUUGUAAAAGCAAUAAAUAUGUUAUCUCCGCAUU